AUGACUUUCACAACCGACACGGAUGGCACAGAGGAUGUCAACGACUUCCUACUGCGCAUCCGGGAGCUAGGGGAGAAGCGCGACAAAGAAGACGAGGAACGCACAAAAAAGUUGGAGGAGGAAAUUUUGCAGGGUCGGAAGGAAAGGCAGGCUCGACGAGCUGAGCGGGCACGGUCGAUUUCCCCCACGAAAGAUUCACCCAUACUAGAUUCCGCUCGGUUGAGCAUGUCGUCUUUUAGCCUGCGAUCGAUUGACCCUCCGGAACACCUCGAACCUACCACUCACACCCCGGUGCAUGACACCAGCAGCAGGCCUGAUUCGAUCCGGGAUGACGCAUCGAUAACCACGGAUGGUGGCCGGAGAGGGUCUACCUUGACAGCCAACGAUGGAGAGACGGGUACCAGACCUUUCUCACCUUUACGGAGCAGAGCCGGCACUCUCUCCUGGCAGCAGAGGCCUGCAUCCCGAGAUAGUAACCGGGCUUUCUUCUCCACAUCUCCCUCCCGCGAGGGCCGCUUUAGAGGCAUGUCCAUAACCUCCAAUGACGAACACGGUGCGUCUAGAAGUCCAUUCGCGUCUUCGCCUUCGUUCAAGGACGUGCCUUGGUCUCGCCACGCAGAGGGAGGGUCCGCUUCUCCUACCCGCACAAAGCAAUUAGAAGGAGACGACUCACAGCAUCCCCUGCAUUCUGACACCCACAUCAAGGAAUCAGAAACCGACUUGGAAAACACUACAGAGCCGGCGAAGGAAACAGAACACCAGGAGAUCGUAGAAGAGCGAUCGCGCUCCCCGUCACGAGCAAGUUCGACGUUUGCAGAUAGCAGUUUAGGCCACCGUUAUUCAAGCAUAUCCUCUGUGUCGACAGCCACUGGCCUUGGCUCUCCUUUGCCUUUGACGAGUGCACAGAAACUCGAGCCCCGAAAGGCUGAGGAGGAGGACGAGGACCACCUAACGUCUCCCCCUUCCCCUAGGCGUCUAUCUCCAGAGCGUUCUACGUCUCCCACCAAAGGACUCGGUGGAUUUGUUCAAAGCGCCAUGAUGAAACGAUCGGACAGUGUGUCCAAAAGGUGGAGCGCUCAACUGCCGUCGGGACUUAGUCGAGGCAAUUCUUUUGCUAGCAACCGCAACAGCUAUGCUGCUCCUUCCGGUGGUGACGUAUUCUCCACUGCACCUUCAUACAGGCUGAGCAGAGAUAGCUCGAGUCUCUCACCUUCGCGGCCCACCUCCAGUCCUAGACCCGGCUCUAGCCAUAGACCGGAUUCUAGUCACCGGCCUAGCUCUAGCCAUAGUGAGGCGACUGUUGUUCAUCCUAAAGACAGCGAACGGCCGGCUACACCUCCCGUUCCCGGCAGUAACACCACGCUAUCAGAUGAAGGAGCCCGCAGACCGUCUCUCAGCCUCCAUACACGGUCUACCAGUACAGUUGAAAGAAGUGCGGAUUCCGGCUCUUUGCCUCCGACGAGCCCAUUGGUUUCGAGAACCAUGGACCCUAAGAGAUGGAGCCCGACCAAAGCCACCUGGUUAGAAAGUGCAUUAAACCGGGAUGAAUCACCGAGGCAUAAACGGCAGCCCUCCCAACAGACUCCCUGGGCCAAAGAUCGGCAAUCAAAAGGCAGCGUCGACUUGGGUCGGACUGCGAGCUUCAAGGAGGUCACACCCGUGGGACUCAUGCGAACUACCGGCCCUGGCACUCACUCCAAGACUUCCAGUAUUACUGGCAUCCCGGACUUGUUCUCCAACCAAGACGCAGGAAAGGCGAAGGAGGGAGAACUCGAAACCAUUCAACAAACAGUCAAUCCCAAGGACAGUGACUCACCGCCUGCCGAGAAGAUAGCGGAGGCUGUUGCUUCGAGAGAAAGUUCUCCCACUAAAACCGAGGCAGAACCGGAAAAUAAAGAAGAUGAUGUUGCUAAGGACAAGCGUAUCCCAUCUACUUUGAACCCGAUCACCAAGACUACCAUCGAUGCGCCCCUGCCAUCCCCUCGCGAUCCGCUGUUGAACAGGCCCAAGCCCCUUUCUCCCGUGAUAGAUUUCCGAGCCAACCUUCGACGACGAGAAGUGGUCAAGGAUGAGUCUCCCAAGGCGGAACCGGAGUUCAAAAACAUCUUUGGAAGGCUGAAGAAAGCAGAGUCAUCGAGUUAUGUGCCGCCAGACCAGCUGAGAGACAACAUUCUGAAGGGCAAGGCCUCUCUCAAUUCAUCAAGCGGCCCAAAGAAAUCGCAGAAGGUGGACGAAUUGAAAGAUAGCAUUUUAAAGCAGAAAGAAGCAAUCAAAGCCGGUGGGGGCUCGUUGAGGCGCAAUACUGCUGGAGAGAAUGAUGCCCCCAUGAAGUUCAUCCCAGAAGCGAUUGCAAUGCGGAAUAAUUUGACAAAGUCCAGCAGUAUCAAAAGCAAUCUUUCAGCCGCUGAUACAUCGUCGCCACUCUCGCCGCUCUCGCCUAAAGAGCCGGAUACACCAAAAACCGCAAAUAGUCCGCAGCUUUCUUCGCCGCUGUUUUCUGCCGGCGAGCGUAUCGAGGAACCUCCGAAUUCGCCAGUCGUCCCAGAACCACAAAAGCCCGACGUCGAUGAGAAACAGACAGAGAUCGCGGAAUCGGAGUUGCCAAAAGUUGUGAGAGAAGACGAGCAGAAGAAUACGGAUGAGGGAAACGUGAACACUGAGGAAGAGCCGAAUGGGGAGGGCAUCAAUCCGGUGCGUUCUCUGUCACCGGGGGAUACCAUGCAGGCUACAAGUGCGCCUGUCGUGACUGAGAGUCCUGCUGCUAAAAGUAAACUCGCAGGCCGAUUAAAUCCUGCCUUAGCGGGCCUUCUCUCCCGUGGCCCGCCCGCUCCGAUGGACGGGUCGAUGAAAGCUCCUUCUACGAACGGUGCCGAAGGAAGUAGUUUGGAGGUGGAGGAAUCGCAGGCUGCCGCACUCACUCAUCUGACGAAAGGCCGAGCGAGAGGACCAAAGAGACGUCUCCCUCAGGGUACUACACCGGAAGGUACGAACUCACUCUUCGAUGAAAGCAAUUUUGUACCAGAGUCUCCGCCAACACCUUUCGAUGCACAGAGACCAGAAUCAAUUCCUGUAGGUGUUUCCAGUGGCUGGCCACUUCCUGACACUCAGAUCAAGCCAAAUGUUGAACCGCAAUCAAGCCCGAGCCAGCAUGAUUCACCUGUGGCCAGCAAGCCGACAGAGUUCAAGAGGAGCAUGCAUCGCUUAAUCGAGAGAGAGACUGUGCAGAAGCCUGAUGAUGUGAGCUCCAACCCCCCAACAGCAUCGGUUCAGGCUGCUUCCCACCGUUCCUCCCCCAGUUGGGAGAACGCCAGCGCAUAUUUCAAGAGCCUAAGAAGCUCAUUCUCGACCAAACCCCCUUUGCCGCCAAAGAUGGCACCACUGCCAUCAACCCCAAUGUCUAACCAGACCCGGAGCUCACCAAUCCAUUUCUCAUCACCUUCUCCGUCGCCUCUGAGGGGUAGCUUCAGGGAGAAUCCGAGCCAUGCACCUCCAACGCAGCAGCGAACUGCCUCUUCAUUUUUUUCCACCAUUGGGUCACGAAGUUCGUCGCCCCGAGACAAAGCCUUGCCUUCUCCCCCUGUUCCUCCCAAGGGGUCUAGGGCUUCUGUCGACCGGUUUUCUGUCGACCGGUUUUCUUCGAAGUCCUCAAAGUCGCUUGUUCCUCAGGCUGAUGAGUCAUGGGUGGCCAUUUCUGGUUUCUUCAAAACCUUCCCGAAAUCGAGCGACCGUGUAAACAUCGACACUCAGUUGAUGUUAGCAGACAGGAGCGAUAACACAAAAAUCAGGACCCUCAAGAGACAGCUGUGGGAGAUUACGGGCGAUGGAAAGAAACAAGAUCUGCCUGUUAAUCAGGAAUAUAUCCUGUAUGAAGGAAGCAUGUACCUGUGCGUGCAUCUGUUCGAAGCCGAUGGCACUGUACGCUCUGAAGUGCACCUCUGGUGCGGUGAUGACGUCCCUGAUGCAGCGGUGGAUGAUGCCCAGUCCUUCUCUCGCAGGGUCGCCAAGGAUAACGGAUCCAAGCUGGGGAUCAUCAAACAAGGCAAGGAACCUGCUCGUUUCAUCCAAGCCCUGGGAGGAAUCCUCAUCACUCGCCGCGGCUCGAGCUCCCGCUCCAGUUCCUCCGCCAUCUUCAUGCUCUGCGGGCGCAAGCAUCUCGGCCAGAUGGUGUUCGAUGAAGUCAACUUCUCGCCCAGCAGCUUGUGCUCCGGGUACCCCUUCGUGAUCUCCGCCGUGUUCGGCAAACUCUUCCUCUGGAAGGGCAAGGGCAGCUCGGCCGAAGAGAUCGGCGCGGCUCGCCUGAUCGGCAUGGACCUUGGUCUAACCGGCGAAUUCGAGGAAGUGGCCGAGGGCGAGGAACCAGAGAGCUUCUUUGAGGACUUCCCCCAGUACGAGCGGAAGACAAGCGACGCCAGCACCAACUACUGGCCCCUGAAACCCAACCAUGGGCGUUAUCGCUCGCGGCUUUUCCGCAUCGACCACGGGCUCGGUCAGCGUUCAGGGUUCUGGAUGCGCUCACCUUCACCAGUCAUCCGGCCAAAUGACACCGUCCAAGAAGUCGAGCCCUUCUGCCAGAAAGACAUUACCCCCAAGGGCAUCUACGUCCUUGACACAUUCUUCGAAAUCUACGUAAUCGUGGGCGAGCAAGCAUCCAACCGUCCCGCCGAGUUCGCAACUGCGGUGGUCCUAGCGCACGAAUAUGGCAUUCUAGCUGCAUCGCUCCAAGAUCGACCUUUUAUCCCGAAGAGUUUCGUCUCCAUCGGCGGAAUUCCCGAGUCCUGCAGCAGUGCGUUCCGGAAAUGGAGCCCGCACUCUCCCUCUCAACGCCCGCCACAGGUGUUCCCCCUCAACGCCGCUAUUGAGGCCAUUCGGUCCUCGUAG